GGCACCGCACCUGCAGCACAGUGACGCCAGCUUCGCCAUCUGGCGGUGUGCGUGGAGAACUGCAGCGCUCUCUCCUGAGGAAAACACAGGAGAUCACCCUCCUCCUCCUCUCUGCGGUGCUCAGUGGAGAAGAGCGUCCAUGUCCGAGCAGAUCUGACACAGCGAGAAGGAAGAGGAGGAGAGGGCGCAGUCCAUGAGGCAGAGGACCGAGGAGGAGAGAAACGAGACACCCCCCCUCCCUAACCCCCGCUGACGAGAGGAAGGACAUCGCUCGCUUCGGCUCGGUGCAACCGCGAAGAUGGGGAACCGGGGAAUGGAGGAUCUGAUUCCUCUGGUGAAUCGCAUGCAGGAUGCCUUCUCCGCCAUCGGCCAGAAUUCGAACUUGGACCUGCCGCAGAUCGCCGUGGUGGGCGGGCAGAGCGCGGGGAAGAGCUCGGUGCUGGAGAACUUCGUGGGGAAGGAUUUCCUUCCCCGUGGUUCUGGCAUUGUGACCCGUCGUCCUUUGGUUCUGCAGCUGAUGACCUCUCCCACAGAGUACGCAGAGUUUCUCCACUGUAAGGGCAAGAAGUUCGUAGAUUUCGAUGAGGUCCGACAGGAGAUUGAGGCGGAGACUGAUCGCAUGACCGGGGCCAACAAGGGCAUCUCCCCUGUGCCCAUCAACCUGCGAGUCUACUCCCCUCACGUGCUCAACCUGACGCUGGUGGACCUGCCAGGGAUGACCAAGGUGCCCGUGGGCGACCAACCUGCAGACAUCGAGGCCCAGAUCAGAGAGAUGCUGAUGCAGUUUGUCACCAAGGAGAACUGCCUGAUGCUGGCCGUCUCCCCGGCCAACUCCGAUCUGGCAAACUCUGACGCUUUAAAGAUUGCCAAAGAGGUCGACCCUCAGGGUAUGAGGACCAUUGGUGUGAUCACCAAGCUGGACCUGAUGGACGAGGGGACGGACGCUAAAGAAAUCCUGGAGAAUAAACUGCUUCCACUCAGAAGGGGAUACGUCGGCGUGGUGAACAGGAGCCAGAAGGACAUAGAUGGGAGGAAAGACAUUACUGCCGCCAUGGCCGCCGAGAGGAAGUUCUUUAUGUCCCACGCUUCGUACAGACACCUGUCAGACCGCAUGGGCACCUCCUACCUCCAGAAACUCCUCAAUCAGCAACUGACCAACCACAUCCGCGACACCCUGCCGGGGCUGCGAGCCAAGCUGCAGAGUCAGCUCCUCUCCAUCGAGAAGGAGGUGGAGGAGUACAAGAACUUCCGACCCGACGACCCCUCUCGCAAGACCAAGGCUCUGCUCCAGAUGGUGCAGCAGUUCUCUGUGGAUUUCGAGAAGUGCAUAGAGGGCUCUGGCGACCAGAUUGACACGGCGGAGCUGUCAGGGGGUGCGAGGAUCAAUCGCAUCUUCCAUGAACGCUUCCCGUUUGAACUGGUCAAGAUGGAGUUCAACGAGAAGGAGCUGAGGAAGGAGAUCAGCUACGCCAUCAAGAACAUUCACGGCAUCAGAACUGGCCUCUUCACCCCGGACAUGGCCUUUGAGACCAUUGUGAAAAGGCAGAUUGGGAAGAUUAAAGAGCCGUGCACCAAAUGUGUGGACAUGGUCAUUUCUGAGCUAGUCAAUACGGUUAGGCAGUGUACCAAGAAGCUGGCUCAGUAUCCCCAACUACGAGAGGAGAUGGAGAGAAUUGUCACGCAGCACAUCAGGGACCGGGAAAGCCGCACUAAGAACCAGGUGCUGCUGUUGAUAGACAUCGAGUUGUCCUACAUGAACACCAACCAUGAGGACUUUAUUGGAUUUGCCAACGCUCAACCGAGGAACAUCCAAAUGAACAAGAAGAAGGCGGCCGGCAACCAGGUGAUCAGGAAGGGCUGGCUGACCAUCAACAACAUCGGCAUCAUGAAGGGAGGAGCCAAGGAGUACUGGUUCGUCCUCACUGCCGAGUCUCUGUCCUGGUAUAAGGACGAUGAGGAGAAAGAGAAGAAGUACAUGCUGCAGGUGGACAACCUACGGCUGCGCGAUGUGGAGAAAAGCUUCAUGUCCAGCAAGCAAAUCUUUGCCCUCUUCAACACCGAGCAGAGGAACGUUUAUAAGGAUUACCGUCAGCUGGAGCUGGCCUGUGAGAGUCAGGAGGAUAUCGAUGCUUGGAAGGCCUCGUUCCUUCGAGCCGGAGUUUAUCCUGAACGGGUCACGGACAAGGAAGGAAAGAGUGACGGCGGUGAAGACAGCGGAACCGACAGCUUCGUGCACAGCAUGGAUCCUCAGCUGGAGCGGCAGGUGGAGACCAUUCGUAACCUGGUGGACUCCUACAUGGCCAUCGUCAGCAAGACCGUCCGCGACCUGAUGCCCAAGACCAUCAUGCACCUGAUGAUUAACAAUACGAAGGAGUACAUCAACGCCGACCUGCUGGCCCAGCUGUACUCGUGCGGCGACCAGAACUCGCUGAUGGAGGAGUCUCAGGAACAGGCCACGCACCGGGACGAGAUGCUGCGGAUGUACCACGCCCUGCGGGAGGCGCUCGGCAUCAUCGGCGACAUCAGCACGUCAACCGUGACCACCGCCAUGCCGCCGCCCGUGGAUGAUUCCUGGCUGCAGGUGCAACGGGCCAACUCCGGAGGGAGGUCUCCGGCCACCAGUCCACUUCCAAACCGCAGAGCUCCGCCGGGACCCCCCGGCCGCCCCGGCUCUCGUGGGCCUCCGCCCGGGCCUCCUCCUGCCGGGGGACCCCCUGUCCCGUCUCGGCCCGGAGCUUCUCCGGACCCCUACAGUGGGCCGCCACCCUCCGUGCCCUCCAGGCCUAACCGCGGUCCCCCAAAUGUGCCCAGCCGGGCCAAACAAGAGCGGGCCCUCUCGCCCCUAGAGCCCCCUGCCGCCUCCUGCCUCUUAGAGGAAGCCUCCUCUCCUCUCUUUCACCUCCUUUCCCCUAAAACUCCCAUAGCCUGA